AAGGUCACUGCAUUAUAACAUCAAUACUAUAAUAAAUAAUAAUAAUUGGGCCAAUGUUUUAAAUUGGCCACAACACGUAGUAGAUAAUUGAAUUGGUCCGAGGUAAUUAAUGAUCGCUGACGGGCUAAUCUGCUUUAACCGAACAAAGGCUUCAGUUAAUGAAUCUGAUCAGGGCUUAACCUAUGAUACAGUGCUAUACAAAUAUGCCAGCGCACGCUUGCUUUGACAACACAGUACAGUACAUCGACUUACCGUCUCCAUAUACAACCUCUAAUAACUGUACUGAGCCAACAUUGAAGAACAUAUCAAUAAAAUUUAGAAAUUUGGUUUAUGGAUUGCAUUAACUGUGGUUCGGUCUGAUGAUAGCGUUUUUAAGUAGAUGAUGAGAGAGAAUGUGUUCUGGGGCUUGAGAGUAAUUGUAUACUCAGCGAGUCCUCCUCCCCUGUCCGCCUGCUGAUCUGUGACCCCGAGUCGUGGGCAGUCCAGUACUGUUAAGCCGAGUCGAACCCCGGCGGAGUGAAUCGGGCACUUGUGACAUCAGCAGGAUUGGAACUCUGAGACAAGCGACAGCUCUGGAGCUUCAGUGAAAGAGGUCAUUCAACGCUGAAGCUGUUUACUCACUGGGUUUAAUUUAAGUGAGGUGUCGUGAAAGCGGAAACAAAAUGUAGUGAUCUGCCUCAGUUAACACUGUAGCUGAGCCAAAUCCAACCCAUUCGCUUGCAUUGCACUGGAGGAAGUAGGUAACAGAAUACAAGCGGUCUUGUGGCUUUUAUUUUCAUUGCAACGUUUUAGAUUUUUGCUUUAAAAGCGAAAGGCGGUUCACAGUAAUAACACUGCUUUCCUAUUACGCUUUCCAGGUGUUAACCCCCGCAGCCUCAAUUACUGGACUGCUGUGUGUAUAAGUUGACUCUGCAAAGUGCUUCAUGAAGAAGAUUCGUGUCCGAAUGCAUGUAUUCUGCUCAAACCAUACCGGAUUCUGCGUUUAUAAUAACCGCUUAUGAAUACAUAGGUAUCGGAUUACAACAACGCUCGAAGAAUUGCAAACAUUGCUGGCAAAUACGCUUCUCUUAUUACAUUUGCUGAUAAAGACAGUUGCACAAGUCUGAUAUUUUUGUUGUUUAGUUUUUAUCAUGCACCGCGGUUUACCAGUACAUGUUAUUCUGCAAGAGGAAAGGCAAGGCGGUUCGCAAAUUGUGUAACAUGUUGGAUGGGAAUGGACUCUGAAUGAGCACCCAUUCAGAGCACAUAGCAGCAUUCUGCAUUCAGGUGGUGAAGAAAACAAACUGAAAGGAUUAUUUCUGUUCGUGUGCAUUGUUAUUUAGCCGGAAACCCCGCUACCGCUAAAACAAAGACUGCCUGCUGCAACGUUGUUCGUUUUUGUGUCUGUUUGAUGUAUAUGUUUUUUUUCUUUUAAAACUCAUUCACAUUAAACUCGACCGACCCUCCGCCUUCACCACUGACUCUUGCCAUAGCAUUACCCGCUUUUCAGCUGAGCGCAGUAUGCCUGAAUGGUUCGCUGCUGCCUGCAUUCUGAUCCUGGUUGUUUUGCUCUGGCCGGUGAAGCAGUGCUUCGGAUUCAGAACGGCGACGGUGGCGAUGCUUAGCCGGUUUGGACUCUGCGCCUCCAGCCGUCAAAUGAGCGACCCCGACAGACGCGGUUCGGAACCUGCCACAGCUGCAGGGGCAGGGGAGACGGUGUCGCUGAUCUGCAAGCCGUCGACUCUGGCAAACUACCUCCUCAAGCACUGCGUCACCUUCAGCAAUUUUACAACAGGGCUGACUUGGAGCUGGAGAAGGAACCCGUUCCUGCAGACCGUUUUCAAUGCGUGCUGGCCCGUGGAGAGAAGAGUCCAUUUCAUUCGGGAUUACCUCCAGAUGAGCGACGACGGGCUGGUUGCGCUGGACUGGGCUGUAGCAGGAUCAGCGUUUCAUAAAAGGAGACGCGCCUCCAGUAACUCCACUAAUCCCGUUCUGCUUGUCAUUCCUAAUUCAUUUGGGAAAAUCACCAGGAAUGUCCUUAAGCUGUGUGAGGGUGCUCUGAAUCACGGCUACCUCCCCGUGGUGUUUAACCGGCGCAGUCACAACGGCAGUCCUCUCAGCACAGCGAAGCUUCAGCAGUUUGGGGACCCAGCGGACCUGCGGGAGGCCGUGCGUUACAUCCGUUACCGGCAGCCGUCAGGACGCCUGUACGCGGUGAGCGAGAGUACCGGCUCGGGCCUGCUGCUCUCCUACCUGGGCGAGUGCGGCUCCUCCAGCUACGUGACCGCCGCCGCCUGCCUCUCGCCCAUCUUCCGCUGUCAGGACUGGUUCGAGACGGGCGCCCCCUGGCUGUACCGCUGGGCUCUGCUGCUGUACCAGAAGAUCUGCCUCAGCAGGUACAAGACUGCGCUGGGCGAGACCCUGUGCACAGACGCACUGUUCUCUAGCUCCUCUCUGCAGGGGCUGGAGGAGGCCUUGUUCUGCCAGGGUGGCCAGAAGGGGGCAGUGGUGAGCGGCGGCAGCUGGGACUCUUACUGGGAGCGGAACGACCCCCUGCGGGACGUCGAUGAGGUGGCGAUCCCGGUGCUGUGCCUGUGCAGUCAGGACGACCAGGUCCGGGGCGACCCCCGCACCACCCUGCCCUUCGAACUCUUCGAGUCAAACCCGCACUUCUUCCUGCUGCUCACCGAGCAGGGCGGUCACUGCGGCUUUGCCACGGCGGGCAAUCGAGCCGGCGGUGCAGACGACGCCCCCUUGUGGAGCCACCAGGCGCUGCUGGAGUUCUUCCGGGCCACCUCUGAGUUUUUCGCGGCCGAGGAACGGACCAAACUGGCAGCCCGCCGCCGGGGGUUAGGGGGCGGCACUAACGUCAAGGCCUUCCGGGGCCGCGGAGUCAGCAUCUGCAAGAGAGAGGCGGUCUGCUCACACAACAUCCCCGACAUCUAUAACUGGCAGAGGUCCUACACCAGGUGACCGCUGCUUACCCGCUGGACACUCGGAGGGAAGGCACACUGCAGGGUAUGGCACUGACAUUGCAGAACAGGGCUGCUCCAGGAGGGGAGAGAAGAGUUUUACUGGGGGUUUGGAGUGCAGGAUUAGGAUAGGAGGGUGAAUCCUUGGACUGGGGCACCCACUCCCCCCAUCAUGAGAUUGGGAUGCAAGGGGCUUUAUAGCAGGUCUGCCCCCGGCUGUUUUUACAGUACAACAGCAGUGACGUGCUGUAGAAAAUGAAGCUCCUGUAUUUCCUGAAUUAUGCUUUAUAACUUUUUUUUUUAGUUUAUGUUCCUGUUAAUCAAUUAAAUUGGCUUAAAAUGAAAGCAGUUGAACAAUUACAACUCUAAAAUAUCAAUUCCAGUUCCUAACAAAGGAAUUGGAAUUGAUUUUAAAAUGGAAUUGACUUGACCCUGCUCUUUGUAAGACUGCAAUGUGUUUGGAAAAUGGAGACCUACUGAUUUCACAGUUGAGUGUUCUGCAAAGCGAAAGUCAGAUCUGAGUGUUCUGUGACCUGAAAGUAAACUGCAGAGCACUGUGAGUGUGGAAGGAGGUUGCACAGAGUCAGCUUAGUGAGCCAGCCUGUAUCUAAACUGAUCUGUUUUGAAAGGAGUGUUUGUGAUUAUUUUUUUGGCACCGUUGUACAGUCACAAUGUUUUCUUGUGUCUAUCUAAAUAAAAUAAAUCUAAUUAAAUAGAA